UACUCUACUCUAUUUUUUUAUCAACCUUCUUCUUACCAACUCUUUAUCUCUCUUACCACCAUUAUCAUUCAUCAAAAAUCUUCAAAUUAAUCCCAAUUCAAACCCUAAUUCAACCGCAAAUUUUUAAUUCCCAAUUUCAAUGGCGUUAAUUACCCGCAAAUCAAUCAUCAAAAGAAUGAUUUCAAACCCAUCUCUAAUUUGUAGAUCAAUUUUCACUAAUACUUCCAUUAAUCAUCAUUCUUCAAGCUCUUGUUCUUCAUCGCAAAUGAUUUCUCCUCCUUCUUCUGCUUCGUUUUCUUCGUCGUCUUAUAAUGUGAGUGGUGCUGGAGCUUCGUUCAUGAGAGGCGUCAUGUUUACGAAACCAGAUCAACCUCUUGUUAUUGAAGAUUUUCAAAUGCCUCGUCCUAAAGCUAAUGAAAUUCUCGUUAAAACCAAGGCAUGUGGAGUAUGCCACUCUGAUCUUCAUGUGAUAAAAGGUGAACUUCCAUUUGCCAGCCCUUGCAUUCUUGGCCAUGAGAUCACGGGUGAAAUUGUAGAACAUGGUCCUCUUACCGAUAGCAGAAUUAUGCAAAGAUGUCCUAUUGGAUCACAUGUUGUUGGAGCUUUUAUCAUGCCUUGUGGUAACUGUUCCUUUUGUUCAAAGGGGCAAGAUGAUCUCUGUGAGGAUUUCUUUGCAUAUAAUCGAGCAAAAGGAACUCUUUACGAUGGUGAAACACGGCUAUUCCUUAGAAGCAAUGGGAAACCAGUGUACAUGUACAGCAUGGGAGGCCUUGCAGAAUACUGUGUAAUUCCAGUUCAUGGCGUAACUGUGCUGCCGGACACAUUGCCAUAUACCGAGUCAGCAAUUUUAGGCUGUGCAGUAUUCACUGCUUAUGGUGCUAUGGUUCAUGCUGCUGAAAUGCGUGGUGGGGAUUCUGUUGCUGUGAUUGGUAUUGGAGGCGUUGGCUCCAGCUGUUUGCAGAUAGCCCGUGCUUUUGGUGCUUCUGCCACCAUUGCUGUGGAUAUUAGUGAUGAAAAGCUCAUGAAAGCUAAGGAUGUUGGUGCCACCCACACAGUUAAUGCUCUGAAAGAAGAUGCAGUUGAAAAAAUUAAAGAAAUAACUGGGGGAGCUGGUGUUGACAUUGCCAUUGAGGCUCUGGGAAAACCACAAACUUUCCAACAGUGCACACAAAGUGUUCGUGAUGGAGGAAAAGCUGUCAUGAUUGGUCUUGCAGAUUCCAGGGCUAGAGGAGAGAUUGAUAUAAAUCGUCUUGUUCGUAGACAGGUGAAAGUUAUUGGUUCAUAUGGAGCUAGAGCUAGACAGGACCUACCCAAGAUAGUCAAAUUGGCAGAAACAGGCGCCUUUAAUCUCAGCUCAGCUGUUUCAAAAAUAUACAACUUUGAGGAGGCAGACAAGGCAUACAAAGAUCUCAGUCAGGGCAGCAUCAUUGGUCGUGCUGUCAUCAGUAUUACUUGAAGCUCUGGGUGGAUGUCAAAUUAAUAAAGAAUAAAAAUAAAAAGAUGUUUGUGAAGCUAAUUUCAUGUAUAUUCUGAAUGUAUCAAAGAGAUGUCUGUGAAUUACUUAGAAUCUUAACAAGCGCAUGAAGCAACUGCUUGCUGGAAGAAUAGGGUCGCUGUAGACCCUCAUCAGCUUCUUUCGUCUUUUAGCUUUAGUGUUUGCUGAUAACAAACAACAAAUAAAAAUAAAAUUUAACCUUCUGCGCUUGAUACACUAAUUUUAUGAAGUAUUAGCUUGUAAUGGCUCUUGAAAUGGAUUCAGGGUAUCUCAAAUGUUAGUAUAAAAUUGGUUGGUGAAUGGCAUGGCUCUAGUUUCAUGUA